AUGACGAAAUCACCAUUAUACGUAUUUAUCGCCUUCUUCAGCGUUCUAGCUGCGGCGCAAGAAGUCCCACCAGGUGUCUCGAGCCUCGGUGGCAUCAAUCCCACAGUUUACUCUUCAGCCGCAUCCGUCCUAUCUGCGUCUACGGCAUCUGAUGCAUCGGCUGAAGCGACCAGCACGGGCGCAGCGAAUGCUCACGAAGUGAAAUAUGCUGCCUUAUUCGGAGUCGGCGGUGCGGUCUUGAACGCGUUUAUGUAAGAUCAGGGUUGAACACGAUGGGGAUAAGAGUGUUGGAGGAUGUCGCACUCUCCACACC